AUGAAUAUUAAUACUGUAGAUAUCGAAGCAUUAAAUAUUAGAUUAAAUAAACUAGAUGAACACCAUCGAACAUUAACUGACACAUUAAUAGAAAUAGCAGCAAUUGAUGAGGAAAUUUCAGAUGAACAAGUUGAUGCCGAAAUGUCUGUUUGUGAAGACAAAUAUAUAGAAUUAAAGGUAUUAGGCGAUCGAGUGAUGAAAGAUCGAGUAAGGCCGGCCGGCGUUAGUAAUCACAUUGAACAAGCAACGGUAUCAGUGAAUCCUCCUUCAAAUAGAGUAAAUGACAAUUUCGUAAGACUGCCAAAAAUCGACUUACCGACUUUCUCGGGCUCAUAUGAAGAUUGGCAUCCAUAUUUUGAUACAUUCAAUUCUUUAAUACACUCUAACGCUUCGUUGAGAAAUAUACAAAAGUUUCAUUAUUUAAAAUCGUCAUUGAAGGGAGAUGCAGCUGAGACUAUUGCUUCGAUCGAAAUAUCUGAUGUUAAUUACAAUGACGCAUGGUCUCGUUUGAGAGAAAGAUAUGAAAACGAGCGAAUAGCUGUACAAAAUCACAUUAAAUCUAUUUUCGAAUUACCGGUCUUAAGACGUGAAAAUGGCAACGUGUUGCGAAAUAUUUUAGACGGGUUAUUAAAACAUACUAGAGCGCUGCGGGCACUGGGGCGUCCGACAGACCAGUGGGAUGAUAUUUUAAUUCAUAUCGUAACAAGUAAACUAGACUUCAUUACUAUUAAAGAAUGGGAAAAUACAUUGCAACCCAGAGAAUUACCAACAAUACAAGAGUUCAUUGAAUUUUUAACCAAAAGGUGUCAAACUUUAGAGGCUGUUGCAAGAAGAACUUUCUUAGGAAAUCAAAACGUGAACUUAAAGCAAAAUUCUAACGUUAAGGUGAUAGCAUCCCACGCGGCUGUGAGUGACGUUAAGUGCGCGCAGUGCAAGGGUGAUCAUCAAAUCUACCAUUGCCAAAUAUUUAAGGAACUUCCUAUCGCAGAAAGAUUAAAUAAAGUAAAGUCCCUGAAGCUGUGUCUGAACUGUCUUAGAAGUAAGCACAUGAUCAAAGACUGCACGGCCAGUCAUUACAGAAUAUGCUCAAAAAAACAUAGUACGCUGUUGCACGAAGAUCGUGGCCCCGCACGAGAAAAUAGAAACGAAGCGGGUAAUAAGGAAACAAAAACAGAAUCAGAUUCUAAUAAACCAAGUAGUUCAGUAUGUGCAUCAUCGCAUUCGAGAAAAUGCAAGGGUGAAUCGCUAUUGUCUACCGCGAUAAUAAAGGUAAAAAAUAACGGGGGAAAUUAUAUUGAAGGAAGGGCACUGUUAGACAGUGGUUCACAAUCGAAUUUUAUAACGCGAGAAUUUUUUAAACGGUUAAAUUUAAAGUCAACGGACGAUAAGGUCAAAAUAAACGGAGUUAAUGAAGGCGUUUCUAGCGCAACAAAAUCGGUAAAUAUAAAAAUAGCGUCACGUUUCGGUACAUUUGGAACGGAACUGGAGUGCAUAAUCUUAAAGCAAAUCACACCAAUGUUACCGACAAGCGAGUGUGAUACGAUUAAAUUAAGCAUACCGGAAAAUAUUCGAUUAGCGGAUCCGAGUUUCCAUGUGACGGGCCAAAUAGAUAUUUUAAUAGGUACGGAUAUAUUUUGGGAUUUAUUCUGCAUAGGCCAAAUAAAAUUAGGAAAAAAUAUGCCCACGCUACAAAAAUCAUUAUUCGGUUGGGUAGUGGCAGGGCCUACGCAAAUAAAUAAUAUAAGGAAAUCGAGACAAAUCAAUUGCAACCUAAGCACAAUAGAUCAAAUCAACGAAACAAUACACAAAUUUUGGGAAGUAGAAGCUUAUGAAUCGAAUGACAAAACGUGCCUAGAUCAGGAAGAGAAAUAUUGCGAAAACUUUUUUAAAGAAACAUACUCUCGUCACAUGAGGCGUAAAUCGACAACUAAAGAAGGGGCAAUACAAGUGUUCUUACCGCAUCACGCAGUAUUCAAAGAAAGCAGCACCACUACGAAAACAAGGGUAGUUUUUGAUGCCUCGAGCAAAGGGGCGAGGGAUAUAUCUAAGAUGUAUAGACAAAUAUUUGUACACGAAGAUCAAACCGCGUUGCAAUCAAUUUUGUGGCGGGAGGAUCCGACAACGGAUAUCGAAGAAUAUGAGCUACUAACAAUAACUUACGGUACAAAACCGGCAUCCUUCCUAGCAGUAAGGUGUUUGCACCAAUUAGCGGAAUUAGAGAAAGAAAAAUUUCCCAAAGCAGCAGAAGUAGUUUUAAAAGAUUUCUACAUGGACGAUCUGUUAACAGGGGGAAACUCUAUCGAAGAAGUUAAAGAAUUAAAAAAUCAAUUAAUAGGGUUACUAGCUAAGGGCGGAUUCGAGUUACACAAAUGGAACACAAACGUAGUUGAUACAAAAGAAAAAGAUCCGAAUAAAAACAAGUCAGUAAACCUUCAUAAAUUAGAGGAAUCAAAAUUGUUAGGGAUACGGUGGAACCCUUCGAGCGAUGCAUUCCACUACGAGGUGGAGUCGAGAGACGAAAAGCGUACAACAAAGCGAACUAUGUUGUCACAAAUCUGCAAAUUGUUUGACCCAUUGGGCUUAGUAGGGCCUAUUAUAACACUAGCGAAAAUAUUGAUGCAAAAAUUGUGGAGUCUUGGCCUAGAUUGGGACGAGUCAGUUCCUAUGAGCAUAUAUAAAGAGUGGCAUCAGCUAAAAUCGCAAUUGAAUCUAUUAAACAGAUUGAAAAUUCCUAGAGCAAUAAUGACUGGUAAUACAGGCACAAGGAUACAGCUACAUGGAUUUUGCGAUGCGAGCGAAAAGGCAUACGGAGCCUGCGUAUACAUAAGAGAGCAAAUAGCGUCAGACAAAAUAGGGAUUGCUUUAGUAUGUUCAAAAUCUAGGGUAGCACCCAUGAAAACUUUAUCGUUGCCGCGACUAGAGUUGUGCGGAGCGGUAUUGUUGGCAAAUUUAAUGAAACGCGUGUUGGACAGUUUAAACAUAAAAAUAAGCCAAAGAUAUUUCUGGUGCGAUUCCAAAAUUGUUAUAACGUGGAUAAGGUCGUCAUCCCGAAAAUGGCAGACCUUCGUAGCAAACCGAGCGAGCGAAAUUCAAAGCAUUUCUUCUCCUUCCGAAUGGCAUCAUAUAAAAUCGAAAGAAAAUCCCGCGGAUUUAAUUUCAAGAGGAGAAACCUCCGAACAUUUAAUAAAUACAAAGUUGUGGUGGCAAGGGCCUACAUGGCUACAAGCUAACGAGGAAACGUGGCCGAUGGAAGGUGAGGAAUUGCUUUUGACAAACGCACCAGAAAUGAGAAAACAAGCUGUGAUUGCAAUAACAACCAAAGAAGAACCAGUAUUAGAUUACAAUAGACACUCCACAUUAGUUAAGUUAAUAAAUAUCGUUGCUUAUAUGUUAAGAUUUAUAGAGAAUACAAAAUGCAAAAAUGAAAACAAAGAAGCUAAGUUAGGUAAAAUAACGUUACAAGAAAAACGCAAGGCAAAAUUAAAGUUAAUUAAACUUAUACAAACCGAGGAAUAUAAUGAAGAAUUAAAUGCGUUACAGGCUAAAAAUAAAGUAUCGUUGAAGUCGAAAUUAAAAACUCUCCAUCCGUUCCUGGACGAUGAAGGCGUCAUACGGGUCGGAGGAAGGCUUCAGCAAGCGUCACUGCCGGAAAGAACAAAACAUCCUAUCGUCAUCCCAGCAGCACAUCGCUUCACCACUCUAGUGAUAAAUCAUUAUCAUGAGAAACUGCUCCAUGCAGGUGCGCAGACCACGCUGUAUGCUAUUCGAGAAGAAUUUUGGCCAAUUCAAGCGAGGAAUAAAAUAAAGAAGAUAAUUCGACAGUGCGUCAAAUGUCGCAAGGCCAACCCAAUGGUCGGUUGGCAGUUAAUGGGACAGUUACCCUCCGUGAGAGUGAAUGUUGGCAGACCAUUUUUGAGCAGCGGAGUAGACUACUGCGGGCCGUUCCAGGUGAGAGAUAGUCACAGUGCGUACCGAAAAGGGUAA